UGAACCAAUUCUGAAGAUUUUUUUUUCCUCGUAUCCUUCGCUGAGAAGCAAGAUCCCUGCAAGUUUCCAGCUUCGUCCGAUAAUCUUAAUUGAGUCCCCAACCAAGGGUAUAAAUAAUGUUGAGUUGAUACGCGCUUUGAUCGAUCCGGUUCUUUUGUCUGAUUCGAUCAAUCAUCGUCGGGGAUCAUGUCGAUGCUCGAUUCCUUCUUCAACAAGGGCUUCAAAGCUGCAAAAUGUAAAACCUUGCUCAAGUUAACGACGCCUCGGAUAAAGCUGCUUCGGAACAGAAGAGAAGUCCAGAUAAAGCAGAUGCGCCGCGAAAUCGCUAAGCUCCUCGAGACUGGUCAGGAAGCCACUGCUCGGAUUAGGGUGGAGCAUAUUGUGAGGGAAGAGAAGAUGAUGGCUGCUCAAGAGAUUAUUGAGCUCUUCUGUGAGCUAAUGGCUGUCCGUCUCCCGAUCAUUGAAUCACAAAGGGAAUGUCCAUUAGAUUUAAAAGAAGCAAUAUCAAGUGUAUGUUUUGCUGCACCAAGGUGUGCUGACUUGCCAGAGUUGCAGCAGGUCCAGAUGUUAUUUGUUUCCAAAUAUGGCAAGGAAUUUGUUGCAGCUGCCACUGAGCUUAGACCGGAUUGUGGUGUUAAUCGUAAGUUGGUGGAAUUGCUGUCUGUAUGUGCACCUUCACCGGAAACUAAACUGAAACUUCUCAAGGAUAUCGCAGAAGAACAUGAGCUUGAUUGGAACCCUUCUGCUACAGAAACCGAGUUCUUCAAAUCUCAUGACGAUCUCCUGGAUGGGCCAAAGCAAUUUGGUGGCGGCUCUACGCUGCCAUUACCGAAGGAGGAACACGAUGAAGGAUCAUAUUCUGCACAGUUUGCAGCGCAAAAGGAGAAAUCGGAUUCUGAUUCUGACCUUGAUACUUUGGAAUUUCCUGAGGUUCCAAAUGUUGUUCUGCGGCCAAAUCCAGGUGCAGCCCCGAUUGCGCAAUCUGCAGUAUCCCGAAGCCCUGAAAACGUACAAGAGUCAGCAAAACAUGCUGACGGUGAUGAACAUACCUCUGAGGACUUGCCUUUUGAGUCGGAGAUUACAGCCGAGGCUAAAUCAAACUCUAGCCGAGAUGAAUCUCCCAAAAAAUCAAGCAAAAAAAUGCCAGAGGAACAGCAGUUUUCGCCUUUUGUUUCUCCACCAUCACAUGUCCCAGAGUCGGAUCCUGUAAAGUGGAGUGAUUAUUCAGCACCAUCUCUGGGCUCAGAAACCUUCUCUGCGAAAGAGAGUCUUUCUCCACCAGAUGUUCCGAGAACGAAACCCGACAUGGACUUGCAGGAUGUACUGGCAGCCGCUCAGAUCGCGGCUGAGACUGCAGAACGUGCAGCAGCAGCCGCCCGUUCGGCUGCGAGUCUUGCUCAGCUUAGAAUCGCCGAACUUACCAAGAACACCGACCAUUCUACUGAGAAGAACCAAUUUCAGGGUGACAAAACCCCGGAAACACCGAGCUGUGGAAAACCGCAUUUGGAUCAUCAGAACUCCUCGACGAGCAGCUCUGGCGAUUUCCCACAGUUACCCCAGAGACUGCCUUCGAUGGAAGAUGAUCCCUACUUCUCAUACCCUAAUCUGUUCACGUCACAGAACUCAGGCCGUUCAUCUGAUUCAAGAUCUCCCCGUGAUUCUUAAUUCUUGUGUAGUGUAAUACUUCCCCUGUAUUACCAGAUAUUUCAGUUUUACUGUUCUUUCACUCUUGCAAAGAACAAUGAGUUUGAUGUCUCUUGAAUGUUUUUUCUUAGUAAAAUUCACAUGUUGUAUUUUAUAGAACUGUUGAGAGUGGUAAUGCACGUAGUUUAAUGUAAGGUUUGCUCAAAAUAUC